GAUCUCAACAUCACUGAGGCUGUCUGGGAUUACCUGGAGAAUCAGAAGCAAGUGUGCAGCCAAAGUCUGGAGAAGAACUGUGGCAAUCUGCCAGACAAAUUUCUGUUAUUUCUCUCUGAGGACAGACAGGUCCUGGCUGGGUCUCUGUGAAUAAAAAAAAUGUGGACUUCAAUUGUCCUGAUUGGUUUCCUACCCGUUUCAGGUGCAUUGUGGGCAGAGAAAUAUGUAAGAGGAGUUGUGGGAAGAGCGAUCACAAUCGAUUGUCACUAUGAAGAAAAGUACCGCUCCCACACAAAGUAUUGGUGCCAUGGAUGGACUUUCCAAUGUUCAGUUUUAGUGGAAACAAAAGGGCAACACGGACAGAGUGGACGAGUGUCAAUCACAGAUAACCCAGAAUGGAGAAUAUUUACUGUUACUAUGAAGAAUCCUCACUCUGGAGAUACAGGAUGGUACAGCUGUGGAUUUACAGAACGAGGUAUCGAUCCGAAGUUUAGUGUACAUUUACAAGUAUCUGAAGAACCUGUGUCUGUUCCUUUGCUUCGAUAUCCAUCACCAGCAAAUAAUUCACAUCUCAGAGGCUUAGUCUCUCUUUCCUGUGAGUCUUCCCAGGGAUCCCUUCCCAUUCAUUACAGAUGGUAUGAACAAACCUCAUCUGGACAUACAAAGAUCUCAGAUACAAAUGAACUGAAUCUAUGCUGUAAAUCUUUCAACCACCAGCACCAUCUAUAUUACUGCAGUGCUUCGAAUUGGCUUGGAGCAAGAUCCAGUGCAAUGGUUAAUAUGACAGUUUUCAACAACGGAGAGAUCUGCAGUUAUGUGACAGAAAUCAAUGGCACCAAUCCACUGUGUUCAGUGUUGUUGGGAUUCUACUCAUCCUGCUUGUUGUUUGUCUACUUUGCUACCUGAAGAGAAAAAACAGGGGAAAUGGCCACGAUGGUAGAAAAUGUCACUUCUGCAGAUCUACACCAUGUUCGAAACAAUGAGGCAGCUGCCCAGUUGGCUAACAAUGAAAAUGGAAUUGUGUAUGCAAAAGUGGAAUAUACAGGGAAAUCUGAAGCAUUACACUCUGUUACUGAUGUGGACAACGUCAACUAUGCAGAUAUCAAAUUCGAAUAUCAACCAGCAAUACUCAAACGGAAAUCUUUCUCUCCUGGUGAUCCACAGGACUUGGAAUAAGUUUGAUAAAGUAAUUAUGUGGAUCAGUGAAGGCAGAAUAGUUAUGCUUGGUGGCCAUCUUACACUUGUACACCUGCUUGUUAACAGAAACACCUAAACAGCCAAUCAUGUGGCGGCAACUACAUAACAGCACGCAUAUCGGCUAAUGAGUUACUGUCACAUUCCUAUCAGAUUGAACCAGUCUCGCUAUUGUCCGCUACUGGACCUCAGUUUACUUUCUGAUCCUUUGGGUUCUUCCGGGAUUCAGGAAUGAUGAACAAUCUUGAAUCUAAUGAUCAUCUAUUUUAAAGUACAAACAAUCAUAGAAAUACUAUGCAAACUAAAUAAAGAGCUAAGAAGUAAAUGAACAGCAAUGGAUGCAAAGACAAAAAGAUGGCAUAUCUGAAAAAUAUAUUACUUUUAAAGUUAGGAUUAGGAAUGUUCCUUCAACAGAAAUAAAUUAGUUAAUGGGCUACAUAAUUCAAACAAUUACAUCACGUGGGUAAUGGGCUAAUACUUUGCCAAUGAAAAAAGAAGGUGGUGAUAAACGAUCACUUUAACUGCAAUACCACUUUCUGCCAGUGAGUGUGGAAAAGCCAGCACAUACUGUGAAAAAUGAAUACUGAAAAGUACAAAUCUUAUAAAAAGUAUUGUUAAAAAAACACUAGUUUACAAGACCUUUGACCUCUCUCAUAAACAAGCAUUUGCAUGCACAGAAAUGGCACUCAAUGGAUUUUUUUUGUUUAUCGCUGAUGUCACAUUUCUUCUCAAUUCGUCUAAAUGAAACUGAACCUCUUAAUCAUAUGUUUUUAUGCAAUGAAUUCCUGCCAUAUGAUUGGCUGAUUAGUUACUUGAAUUUAUGAGCUGAGGUGUACCUAAUAACGUGGCCACUGGGCAUAAUUCUUCUACCUUAAUCAAUCCACAUAAUUACUUUGUCAAGCUUUUUUCUGAGCUGCUUCUUCCACACCCCCCACGUUCCAGUUCCCUUCAUCAGCAAGUAUGACCUAUUGGCAAUGAGGGCCUGACUAGAUAUCCUCUGUUGCACCACUGGUGUUUGGGGCAGCAAUGGAGGUCCAAAAAGUGUUGUUUUACCUGAACUGAACCCCAAAACUGGAGGACCUGUGAACCACGCUUAGCCUGGCCUCUACCAUUUGACCUGUUUGGCAAGAUGACCAGACCAAGAGCCAAAACAGUGCUUGAAUCCAGCCAACAUAGUUCUCUGGGUCAUUGAGGCACACAAACCUCCAAACCAUGACAUGGUUUUGGCCCGCUUGGAGGCUAGAUCAUCACUACAAAUGUCAAAAUGCUUUUGUCCCUCAGGGUAUAAUAACCACCCUGACACCCCACUCCCACCACACCCCCUUCAAUCUUAAUUUCUUUCAGGAAGUUAAGUAAUAACAGAGUGUUUAUCAUGUUCCCAUUAUACAGAGCUCUGGUAAGACUGUAUCUGGACCACUUUCUACAGGUCUGGUUCUUCCCACCUGAGGAAGGAUACACUUACAUUAGACUGAGUACAGCCAAAGUUUUCCGAGAAAGAUUCAUGGGAUUUUUAGGAGGCACAGAAGCCUGAAGACACACACUCAGUGUUCCAGAAACAGCUUCUGAACAUCAACUCACUAUUUAUUCCUCUCUUUCUGCAUCACUGAUUUAAUUUAAUUUUCCAUAUUUGUACUUAGGGUAAUUCCCAAUUUUUUAUAAUUAUGUAUAUCAAUGUACUUCUGAAGUAAAACAACAAAUUUCAUGACGUAGGGCAGUGAUAUUAAACUUGAUUCUGAUUUCCAGCAUUCAGCCCACAUCUCUCUGAGCCCUGCCCCUCCAUGUACCUAUCCAGGUGCCUCCUGUACCUGCCUCAUCACUUCCUCUGGAAGACUCCACAGCUCAAACCUCUGCUGCCUUGCGGCUAUACACACUCAUGGGUAAAGCUUGGAGAGGAUCUGGAGCUGGAGUCUCUAUGCCGGUCCUACGUUGAAUUCAAUGCUGAUCGGCACUGUGAUGCCACUUGUGCAAAACUCUAUUUGUCUCUGCUGUUCCUUUGGUAUUAUUAGUUGUGUGGAGAGUGGGAGCCUGGUACACAGGCAACAGCUUGCUUAUCACAUAGACAGCUGGGAUACAACAUCCGUGGACAAGCCCAACCAAUAUUUUUUUUUUCUCAGCUCAAGCUGGUAAAACCAGUGGUACAGCCAGAGUCAAGCUCUAUUUAUUGGACUAUGACUCCAA